CUCUGACUACUUCGAAUUCGAUCGUUACUAGAAACAGCGACCGCGACAUUGGUCGUGGAGGAGAGAAGAAGUCAAAGUCACCCGAAUCGAUUGCGACACGUUCUUCUUCAUCAACCUAAUUCCAAACUUUUGUCCCGAUCGAAACCGUUUCUAAUCAUUUUCAGGCGUUUAACUGAGUGAUCUCGGCGACGAUGGAGAGAUCGGCGUCGGUGGGUGUUAACGACGGCCGUUUUGGUGGAAACCAUUUCUAUUCUCCAUCUUUCUCUUCGUCUUCUUCCAUGAGACAUGUCAAUUACAGUUGCGGAUCUUGUGGGUAUGAACUGAACUUGAGCUCCACUAAUCGAAUCACAUCAACAAUCGGAUCAAAAUAUGGCAAGUCCAUGAAGAGUGGAAUCAUAUCCUUCUUCAACAUCGACGAGGGUAGAUUUAGUCAGGUCGAUGAGUUCCAAUGCAUGCCACACUUCUCCAGAUACUCUUGGGGUUUGUUCAGACGUAGAACUAAGCUUCUCUGUCGCAAAUGUAAUAACUAUAUCGGCAAUGCUUCUCAGGAGAAGGCUCCUCCUGAGUAUGCACUUGUAACGCAGAACUCAGAUCCGACAUCGCCUAGGACUGGUAGUGUUACAAAGUACGAUAUCAGGAUCCGCUCGCUUCAACCCUCUUCUGCUGUCGCGUUAAUGUGAGUGCUUCUUGUACUACUGUACUGUAUAUACGCGCCGAUAUUAUACAUCUUCUUCAAAGUAUCCAAUUUAGAUCUUUGGUGAAGUGUUUGUUAUUGUCUUGGUACUGUUUUGAUAAGCUUGGUUUGGAUUUUCAGUUGUAUAGUAAAAAGUAAAAACAGUUUACCUUUUGUUUCUGGGAAUAUUUACUAGCUCAAGUUCGUUCAUCAUUAGCGUUUACCAA